AUGAUUUCAUAUUGCUUCGAUCUGAAAGGACCAUCUUAUACUAUUGAUACAGCAUGCAAUUCUAGUCUUCAUGCUCUAGCCGUUGGUUAUGAAUGUAUCAUACCAUUUGAUACCGCUGCUAACGGUUAUUCGCGUAGCGAAACAAUUGCAGUAGUAUACCUUCAAAAAGCGAAAAAUGCUAAGAGGAUUUAUGCUAUAUGUCCCCAUGCAAAAUUAAACAAUGAUGGUUACAAAGAAGAAGGAAUAACAUAUCCUUCAUCUCGAAUGCAACAUACCUUACUAAAAGAAUUUUAUAAGGAGUGCAAAAUACCAACAUCUUGUUUGGAUUAUGUCGAAGCACAUGGUACCGCUACCGUAGCUGGCGAUCCUCCAGAAAUUAAUGCUAUCUAUAAUGUUUUUUGUAAAAAUAGAGAAACUCCAUUAAUGAUCGGCUCCGUGAAAUCUAAUCUCGGGCAUUCUGAACCUGUGAGUGGUUUUAAUCAGAUUGCUAAGGUAAUAAUAGCAUUCGAAACUGAUUCUGUUCCACCAAAUAUCAAUUAUACAACGCCAAGGAAAGAUAUACAUGCUUUGAUAAAUAACAGUAUUUGUUUAGUACAAAAACCAUUGCCACUUAAAAACGGUUAUAUAUGUAUUAAUUCUUUCGGUUUUGGAGGAUCUAACGCUCACACGUUAUUAAAGUGGAAUAAUAAACUAAAAAUAAAUAAUGGAACACCAAACGAUGACUUACCCAGGCUUGUCAUAUUAUCUGGACGCACUGAAGAAUCAGUGAAAUUGUUUUUAAACGACAUUGCUAAUCAUCCAAUAGAUGCAGAAUAUGUUCGCUUAUUACACGAUAUCCAUGCAGACAAUAUAAAUGGUCAUCCAUGGAGAGGGUACACUAUAUUGCAGAAUACAUUACAACAAUAUCCCAUAAAGGAAUUUCGAAAUUGUAAGGGCGUGAAAAGACCUGUGUGGUUUAUAUUUUCAGCUUUAGGUUCGCAAUGGCCAGGAAUGGUCAUUCUGCUGGUGAACUUGGUUGUGCAGGAACAAACUAUUUUAUCAACAUACUUUAUCGGUUUGGCAUGUGCUGAAGAAAAAAUAAUUCAUAGCUCGAUGGCGGUUGUCAAUAUCAAUCAUGAAUAUGUUAGAAAUAUAUGUCCAGCGGACAUUGAAAUAGUGUGCUACAAUAGCGAGAAUAGCAACGUCGUAUGUGGACCAAAAGAAUCCAUAAAAGAAUUUAUGAAAAAAUUACAGGUCAACAAUAUUUAUGUGAAAAAGAUCAACUGCAACGUACCGUUUUACAGUUCUUACGUUGCAUCCGCGGAAAGUCAGCUUUUACUUAAUUUAAAUAAAAUAAUACCAUGUCCAAAAAAACGGAGUUCAAAGUGGAUCAGCACUUCUAUACCUCGCACCAAAUGGUUUACUUCAACAUCAAAGUUAUCACCGGCAGACUAUCAUGCUAGAAGUAUAUUAAACACAGUCCUCUUUUCACAAACGACGGAACUAAUUCCAAGCGCCAAGGUCAGAGACGCCGUCGUGCGACUACUGAAAGAGACGAUACAAAUAUUGUUAGACACGUUCUUCAAGACCGUACGACCACUGCAGCAGAUAUUGCUAGACGAUUUGUUAAUCGAAGACAGUAUCCUCGACAUACUAUAUCUGCAACAACAGUUAGAAAUUUUCGUUUAA